AGGCGCAGACGGACAAGCAGUGCCAGCAUGCCUGUGGCCCGGAGCUGGGUUUGUCGGAAAACUUACGUGACCCCACGGAGACCCUUUGAGAAGUCUCGCCUCGACCAAGAAUUGAAGCUGAUCGGCGAGUAUGGGCUCCGGAACAAGCGUGAGGUCUGGAGGGUCAAGUUCACUCUGGCCAAGAUCCGGAAAGCUGCCCGCGAGCUGCUGACCCUGGACGAGAAGGACCAGCGGCGUCUGUUCGAAGGCAACGCACUGCUGCGACGACUGGUCCGCAUUGGGGUGCUGGAUGAGGGCAAGAUGAAGCUCGAUUACAUCCUGGGCUUGAAGAUUGAGGAUUUCUUGGAGAGACGUCUGCAGACUCAGGUCUUUAAACUGGGCUUGGCCAAGUCCAUCCACCACGCCCGGGUGCUGAUCCGCCAGCGCCACAUCAGGGUCCGGAAGCAGGUGGUGAACAUCCCGUCCUUCAUUGUCCGUCUGGACUCCCAGAAGCACAUUGACUUCUCCCUCCGCUCUCCAUAUGGCGGAGGCCGCCCAGGCCGUGUGAAGAGGAAGAACGCCAAGAAGGGCCAGGGUGGGGCUGGAGCUGGUGAUGAUGAGGAGGAGGAUUAAGCCCACCCAUUGCUUCCUGGGGAGGGGAUACUAAUUUUCCAAGCAGAUAAUAAAAACUAUUAACACUUU